GUAAAAAGCUAACUGCGAAAUAUCAAAUCGUUUGAAAUUCAAAUUUCGAAUCCCACCAGGAAUCAAAGUAUUCGGCGGCUCGGUUCAAAAUUCGUUAAUGUAUAAAUUAUAAUUAUUAAUUAUUUCUAUUUCCACAUUUCAGUAAUUAAUAAUUAUUGAAAUAUUGAAUCAUAAAUUAUGUCAUUUGAAAAUCUGGCCAAAGAUCUAUCUUUUGUUUCGGGAUUAGAGUUAUUGAACAAUAUCGAUGACAAGAAGUUUGUUCGUUUGGUUGAUAGAAUGAUAAGAGAUUUUGAACCCAAUCGAUUAUCUUCAUUUUCUGAACACGAACUAGCAUCUAUGGAAAAAUCGUUAAAGUUGAAUAGUAAUCAGUGUCAGUGUUUACUGAAUUGCUUAAGUCAAUUACUGAAAGAGGUUAUAAGUGAUGUAACAAAACCUUUGAUACUAAAAAAUGUGUUGUCUAAACUAUUUUUAUUGAAUGAGAAAAAAGUUGAAUUAUUUUGUGAAUGUUGGUCUACAAAUGCUGAACAAGUUGUGUCUAGGCUUCAACAAAACUUAACUCAUUCAUACAGGUUAAAGGAUGUCAAUUGGGCUUUGAAUAUUUCAUCAAAAGUUGGAAUUGAAUUAUCUGGUCCGGAACCUAGAUGUUUAAUAGAAUUAAAAGUUGAAGACAGCCAAUAUCACAAUGAACCCAAAAUCAAAGAAAUAAAUUUGGAUUUAGAUAAAAAAGAGUUGAAGAAUCUCUAUGAUACAUUAGAAGCAAUUCAAGUAAAACUAGAUUCACUUUCACAAUAAUAAGUGUGAUUAUUUAAGAUAUAUUAUAAAAUAUUUUUAUUUAUUCACUAUAAUAUGAACAAUAGUGAUAUUUAACACUAUGUAACUAUAAAUUUUAUACAAAUUUAGCCAUAGUCUAUGUAA